AUGGGAGGCGAUCUCAAUCUGAAAAAGUCCUGGCAUCCCGUUCUCCAGAAGAACCAGGAGCGGGUAUGGCUCGAACAAAAGAAAGCACUCGAGGAGCGCAAGCGGAUCGAGCAGAUGAUGAAGGAACGGCAAGAGGAGCGGCAGAUCCAGGAGUUACAGGAAAUGCAAGAAGCAGCAGGUGGAAAGAAACGGUUAAAUCGCGUGGAUUGGAUGUACUCAGGGCCGGCAGCGGGACAGACGGGCACAACAGAGGAGAUGGAAGGAUAUCUUCUGGGGAAACGGCGCAUUGAUGAUCUCAUCAAAGGCUCGGAGAAUUCAAAACUACAGAAAUCCUCCACCGAAGGCUCUUUUAUGGCUUUGCAGAACGCAAAUACUGCGAGGGAUGUGGCUGCAAAAAAACAAGAGCAGGCUGCCUACGAAGCGAUGAUGAAUGAUCCUAAAAGAGCCGAAAACACCGGAGGCAUCGACACAGAGACGAUGAAGAUGAUGAGCGAACUUCAAGACAUCGAUCGAGGCGACACGACGAUGCGAGUGACAGACACAGGUCCAGGAGACAUGAUGAGAAUGACAGACGAAGCCACCAUCAUCGGAUACACAGAUCACAGCGCCGAUCCAGCUCGCCAUCGCCAUCCCGAAAUCCACCUCCAGAUCACCAUCGAUCAAGACGCUCCCCAUCUCCCGAUCAACGUCGACGGUCAUACUCUCCACAUCUGCGCGACCGUUCACGGGACCGCUCGCGCUGUUGGCCCCGAGAAAAUUCCUCACACUCCAGAAAAGAAAAUUGGCAUCAUUCGCGAGGGGUAUCCCCACCAUCGUCUCGUCGCCGGUCCGAUACUGCCGCUCCAUCAAGCGAAGCUAGACCUACUACAGCUGCACCUACCACGAUAA